AUGAAUUUCUUCUUACAGGAUGAAGGCACCUUGACAGCAGCUGAGCCGACUCCCAAACCAGACGAGGGAACAUUGACAGCGGCAGAGCCGACUCCUAGACCUGACGAGGGUACAUUGACAGCAGCUGAACCGACUCCGAAACCAGACGAGGGCACACUGACAGCAGCUGAACCGACUCCGAAACCAGACGAGGGCACUUUGACAGCAGCGGAACCGACUCCGAAACCGGAUGAGGGCACAUUAACAGCAGCUGAGCCGACUCCGAAACCGGACGAAGGCACCUUAACAGCAGCUGAGCCGACUCCGAAACCAGACGAAGGCACACUGACGGCAGCCGAGCCGACUCCAAAACCAGACGCGGGCACCUUGACAGCAGCGGAGCCGACUCCGAAACCGGAUGAGGGCACAUUGACGGCGGCUGAGCCGACUCCUAGACCGGACGAGGGCACAUUGACAGCGGCUGCGCCUACUCCGAGACCAGACGAGGGCACCCUGACAGCGGCUGCGCCGACUCCAAGACCGGACGAGGGGACACUCACAGCUGCCGAGCCGACUCCGAAGCCAGUGAGGCUAAAUUACCUUCAGCUUCUUUAG